AUGUUAAAAAAUGUUGUCUUCUUUUUUAUAUUAUCGAUUUUCACGGUAAUUGAAGUUCAAUCAUCUUGUAAGUUUUUUUUCUACAUAAUUGAUGACCGAAUUUUUCUUUUAAGUACAAUGUUUCAAUGUUCAUUCAAGUCAUGCAAUUUCAAAUUCUGAUCCUGUUGCGGAACUUUUUCACGUCACUGCUGGUGAUUGUUUGAACUAUUGUAUUUAUGAAUCAGCAAAGAAGGGUGAUGGAUGUGUUUCGGUGGUUUUUCAUAGGAAAUUCAAUACUUGUCAACUCUACGGGCACGAUGGAACUUAUAAUGGUAGAGUUUUAGUCAAAAAAAAUCAGCGAAAAAAUUCUUUCCAGGCGCUGAAGUUGUCUACCUAGAAGAUCACGAAUUCUACAUUCGAUCAAGCUGGGAAGGCCCCUGUCAAGAUCCAAUCCAACCAGUUCGAGGCUACAAGCAAAAACCGAAUUUUGAAAUUUUCGCAUUCCCAAAUUCUCCAAUCCCAUCUGAAAGUGAAUUUGAGAAUCUUCUCCAACAACAAUUAGAAGAAGAGGAGAAUAUUUAUGAAUUUGCUACAACCACAGUUUCAAGUGUUCCAAAAAGUUUGGCCACUUUUAAAAAUCCAACUCAUGCGUAUAGUGAGUUUUUUUUUUUCAAAAAAAAGUUGCCUACUGCUGGAAUCGAACCAGCGUCGCCACGGCCACAACGUGGAGUACUAACCACUAUACUAAGUAGGCCGAGAGAAACCGUGACACAUGGCAUUGAAAUUGUGUGUGUGUGUGUUUGCAUCUCAUCUAGUUUUUCUUUCUUUUUCUCUCUCUUUGCCCUCUAGUAAAAAGAACACACACACACAUACACACACAUUUUUUAUUGCAGAAUGUUCAAAGGGUGAAACUUUGCAAUAUUUCUUGGUGUAUAGUGCACUUUUAUCAACAAAACAACUUCCACAAAGAUUGAAUGGUGUUGAUAGGCAGAGUUGUCUUAUGUAUUGUAAUCAGAAUCGAGUGAGUUUUUCAAACGGGGAGAUUUCGCACAAAGUAUAAUUCACUAUCCAAAAGUUUUCGCGCUUUUUUUUGAGACCUGACACAAUUUUAGGGGUUGGACGAAAAGCGAUGAAAUUCAACGCAAAAAUGAGAUAUUUAGAGAAAAAUAUUUUUGAUCUACCAGAAAGUUUAUUGAAAGUUUUGAAGCCUAGAACUUUUGGGUAGUAAAUUACACCCUGUGUUUUGUCAAUGAGAAACACAUGUUUCCGUACCGUUUUUAACGCUGAGAAAUUUCCCGUUUUCAGUUUUUGCUGGACGACUCUCUGAAGAGCCCAAAGUGAGCCAAAAGUCAAGAGUUUGCGCGUUUUUGAGAGCCCGUCACUCAUGUUAGAAAAUCUUUUAUAAAACACGGAGCACUGAGCGAUGUUCAGGAGGGUUGGUUUACCAAGUUCAAAAGUUUAGACAAAAUUUUCCAAAAAUUUUCAAAUGGGCCUGAGCCAUUUUCUGAAAAAAAGUAUGGAUUUAAAAAAAAAUUUGUGACUUUGGUAAAUCGACCCUUUUGAACAACAUAAUGCAUUCAAUUUUUCAAUGAAAAUCAUCUCUAACAUGAGUUAUGGACUCUCAAAACCACGAAAUUUCAAAAAUUCUCAACUUUCGGCUCAUUUUUGGGCUCUUCAGAGAGUUUCUCAGCAAAAACUGAAAACAGGAUUUUUCUCAUCGUGAAAAACUGUACUGCUCUCGUAAAUGUUAUUUCAUUUUUGGUUGAAACAUGUUUUUGUAGAACGCAAUCGGUGAAAACGUACCUUGCUAUUCUCUGAAUUACGAGCCUAAUGAGGAGAUUUGUGAAAUGUAUGGGAAACAAAAUCGUGAGCAAAAAACAUGGGCUCAAUUAGAAAUUGGUGGACAACAUGUUUUUGCAGAUAAGUUUUGUGUGAAAGGUGAGUUCUUUUGACUCUUUUGACUUUUUUCACAAGAAUUCCAAGUUUUUCAGCAAAACGCGAUUGCCCAUUAGAAACUCUCUAUCCAGUCUACUUGCAAAAACAAAUCACAUCUGAUGUGAUUUCGCAUAUCCCUGGCCUCAACUCAAAGGUUGCUUGUCUAGCUGAAUGUAUAGAUAAUAGAAGUUGCGAGGUGCUAAAUCAUUUUUUUCUUGAAAAAUAUAUUUUCAUUUUUUAGGCAAUAACAUAUAAAACUGGAAUGUGUGUUUUGCAUUCAGUGUCACCAUCGAAAAAUGAGGUGGUUUUGAGUAAAGGCUCGGAGCAGACUAUGGUUAUCGAGAAUGGGUGUCAUACUUCAAGUCGAUUGGAGACUACGACCACUUGUGAGUUUUCCUGGGGGGUUUUUGCAAAGUGUCGUUUGGAGUUUCAAAUCUUUGAGAAAAAACCACUAGAAUUUGGAUUUUGAACUUUUUUUUUUGAAAAUAUAAAUGAAAAACUGAAAAUUUCGAUUGAAAUUCAAAAUAUUUCUGGACUUUUGCUAAGUUCUUGAGUUCUGUAGAUUCAAUAUUCCCUCAUUCUCUAUCUAUAUCCGAAAUCAGUUCUUCUUGUUUACUAAAAUCAAUAGAAGAUCAAGAAGAUCACAAAGAUGUAUCAUAAAAUGUUUCUUUUGCAGUCACACCCUCCGAAUCAUCCUGGGAAGAAUGGUCACUUUGUCAAUAUGGAUCAAAAGGUCGCCGAAUGCGCGUUCGACAACGCGAAUGCAAUGAUGAUUGUGAUGAAGAUUUACAAAUGGAAGAAUGCUAA